CCCCUUUCUCCCCUCUCCUCCAUGGGCCCCCUCCCCCGCGCCCGGCGCCUUUGAAUUUGGCCGGGCGAGCGCAGGGGCGGACGCGGCGGCGGUGGUCUGGGAGCGAGCGGGCGGCGCGGGCGAGCGGAGCGCGAAAGGCCAGUGAGACUUGAACUCUGAGUGGGCCGUUGGAACAAGCGGGACCGAUGUGCCCAGAGAAGGAAUGAAGUAUGGAUGUAAAGGAACGUCGGCCUUACUGCUCCUUGACCAAGAGCAGACGAGAAAAGGAACGGCGGUAUACGAACUCGUCCGCAGACAAUGAGGAGUGUCGGGUCCCCACGCAGAAGUCUUACAGCUCCAGCGAAACCUUGAAAGCUUUUGACCAUGAUUCCUCGCGGCUGCUUUACGGAAACAGAGUAAAGGAUCUGGUCCACAGAGAAGCAGACGAGUAUACUAGACAAGGACAGAAUUUUACCCUAAGGCAGUUAGGCGUGUGUGAGUCCGCAACCCGAAGAGGAGUGGCAUUCUGUGCAGAAAUGGGGCUCCCUCACAGAGGUUACUCCAUCAGUGCAGGGUCAGAUGCUGACACGGAAAACGAAGCAGUGAUGUCCCCAGAGCAUGCCAUGAGACUUUGGGGCAGGGGGGUCAAAUCGGGCCGCAGUUCCUGCCUGUCAAGCCGGUCCAACUCAGCCCUCACCCUGACAGACACAGAACAUGAGAACAAGUCGGACAGUGAGAGCGAGCAACCUGCAAACAACCAAGGGCAACCUACCCUGCAGCCUUUGCCGCCUUCCCAUAAGCAGCACUCGGCCCAACAUCACCCAUCUAUCACUUCUCUCAAUAGAAACUCCCUGACCAAUAGGAGGAACCAGAGUCCGGCCCCGCCGGCUGCUUUGCCCGCCGAGCUGCAAACCACACCCGAGUCCGUCCAGCUGCAGGACAGCUGGGUCCUUGGCAGUAAUGUUCCACUGGAAAGCAGGCAUUUCCUAUUCAAAACAGGGACAGGGACAACGCCACUGUUCAGUACGGCAACCCCGGGUUACACGAUGGCAUCUGGCUCUGUUUAUUCACCGCCUACCCGGCCACUUCCUAGAAACACCCUAUCGAGAAGUGCUUUUAAAUUCAAGAAGUCUUCAAAGUACUGCAGCUGGAGAUGCACCGCGCUGUGCGCUGUAGGGGUCUCGGUGCUGCUGGCCAUCCUCCUGUCCUACUUCAUAGCAAUGCAUCUCUUUGGCCUCAACUGGCACUUGCAGCAGACUGAAAAUGACACAUUUGAGAACGGGAAAGUGAACGCUGACCUCAUGCCAACCAACACCGUAUCGUUACCUUCUGGCGACAACGGAAAAUUAGGUGGAUUUACCCAUGAAAAUAACACCAUAGAUUCCGGAGAACUUGAUAUUGGCCGGAGAGCAAUUCAAGAGGUUCCCCCCGGGGUCUUCUGGAGAUCGCAACUCUUUAUUGACCAGCCACAGUUUCUUAAGUUCAACAUCUCUCUUCAGAAGGAUGCGUUGAUUGGAGUAUAUGGCCGCAAAGGCUUACCACCUUCCCAUACGCAGUACGACUUUGUGGAGCUCCUGGACGGCAGCCGGUUAAUAGCAAGAGAGCAGCGGAAUCUGGUGGAUUCCGAAAGAGCCGAGAGAGCCGGGCGGCAGGCGAGAUCCGUCAGCCUGCACGAGGCUGGCUUCAUCCAGUACUUGGAUUCUGGAAUCUGGCAUCUGGCUUUUUAUAACGAUGGAAAAAAUCCAGAGCCAGUGUCUUUUAACACCAUCGUUAUAGAGUCCGUGGUGGAAUGCCCCCGAAAUUGCCAUGGAAAUGGAGAGUGUGUUUCUGGAACUUGCCAUUGUUUCCCAGGGUUUCUGGGCCCGGAUUGUUCAAGAGCAGCCUGUCCCGUGCUCUGUAGUGGCAAUGGGCAGUACUCCAAGGGCCGCUGCCUGUGCUUCAGUGGCUGGAAGGGCACGGAGUGUGAUGUCCCGACGACCCAAUGCAUUGACCCGCAGUGUGGGGGUCGUGGGAUUUGCAUCAUGGGCUCUUGCGCUUGCAACUCGGGAUACAAAGGAGAAAACUGUGAAGAAGCGGACUGUCUGGACCCUGGAUGCUCUAACCAUGGGGUGUGUAUCCAUGGGGAGUGUCACUGCAAUCCAGGAUGGGGCGGCAGCAACUGUGAGAUUCUGAAGACCAUGUGUCCAGACCAGUGCUCAGGCCAUGGCACAUACCUUCAAGAGAGUGGCUCCUGCACUUGUGACCCAAACUGGACUGGCCCCGACUGCUCAAAUGAAAUCUGUUCCGUGGACUGCGGCACACACGGUGUUUGCAUGGGAGGCACCUGUCGGUGUGAGGAAGGCUGGACCGGCCCUGCGUGCAAUCAGAGAGCCUGCCACCCGCGUUGUGCCGAGCACGGGACCUGCAAGGACGGCAAGUGUGAAUGCAGCCAAGGAUGGAACGGGGAGCACUGCACGAUUGAGGGCUGCCCCGGCUUGUGCAACAGCAACGGGAGAUGUACGCUGGACCAAAACGGCUGGCACUGUGUUUGCCAGCCGGGCUGGAGAGGAGCAGGCUGUGACGUCGCCAUGGAGACCCUGUGCACAGACAGCAAGGACAACGAAGGAGACGGACUCGUUGACUGCAUGGAUCCUGACUGCUGCCUACAGAGUUCCUGCCAAAAUCAGCCCUACUGCCGUGGUUUGCCUGAUCCUCAGGAUAUCAUUAGCCAGAGUCUACAGACACCAUCUCAGCAAGCUGCCAAGUCCUUCUACGAUCGAAUCAGUUUCCUGAUUGGAUCGGAUAGCACCCACGUGCUCCCCGGAGAAAGUCCUUUCAACAAGAGCCUUGCAUCUGUCAUCAGAGGCCAGGUCCUCACUGCUGACGGAACCCCGCUUAUUGGCGUCAACGUCUCGUUUUUACAUUACUCGGAAUACGGAUACACUAUCACCCGCCAGGACGGAAUGUUUGACUUGGUGGCAAAUGGCGGCGCUUCUCUGACUCUGGUCUUUGAACGCUCUCCGUUCCUCACCCAGUACCACACUGUGUGGAUUCCGUGGAAUGUCUUUUAUGUGAUGGAUACGCUCGUCAUGAAGAAAGAAGAGAACGACAUUCCCAGCUGUGACCUCAGUGGCUUUGUGAGGCCGAGUCCCAUCAUCGUGUCCUCACCUCUGUCCACUUUCUUCAGAUCUUCUCCUGAAGACAGCCCCAUCAUCCCCGAGACACAGGUCCUACAUGAAGAAACCACAAUUCCAGGCACGGAUUUGAAGCUUUCCUACCUGAGUUCCAGAGCCGCGGGGUACAAGUCAGUUCUUAAGAUCACCAUGACCCAGGCCGUCAUACCAUUUAACCUCAUGAAGGUCCAUCUGAUGGUCGCUGUGGUUGGGAGACUGUUCCAGAAGUGGUUCCCUGCCUCGCCAAACUUGGCCUAUACUUUUAUCUGGGAUAAGACUGACGCGUAUAAUCAGAAAGUCUACGGCCUGUCGGAAGCAGUUGUGUCUGUUGGGUACGAAUAUGAGUCAUGUUUGGACCUGACUCUAUGGGAAAAGAGGACUGCCGUUUUGCAAGGCUACGAGCUGGACGCUUCCAACAUGGGUGGCUGGACGCUAGAUAAGCAUCAUGUGCUGGACGUUCAGAACGGUAUACUGUACAAAGGAAACGGGGAAAAUCAGUUCAUCUCCCAGCAGCCUCCAGUGGUCAGUAGCAUCAUGGGCAAUGGUCGGAGGCGCAGCAUCUCAUGCCCAAGUUGCAAUGGCCAAGCUGACGGGAACAAACUGCUGGCACCAGUGGCGCUAGCCUGCGGGAUCGACGGCAGUCUUUAUGUAGGGGAUUUCAACUACGUCCGACGGAUAUUCCCUUCUGGGAACGUCACAAGCGUUUUAGAGCUAAGUAGCAACCCGGCUCACAGAUACUACCUGGCUACGGAUCCGGUCACAGGAGAUUUGUACGUUUCCGAUACCAACACACGCAGAAUCUACCGUCCAAAGUCACUCACGGGCGCCAAAGACUUGACUAAAAACGCGGAAGUGGUUGCAGGGACCGGGGAACAGUGCCUUCCUUUCGACGAGGCCCGGUGUGGGGACGGAGGGAAGGCUGUGGAAGCAACGCUCAUGAGUCCCAAAGGACUGGCGAUCGAUAAGAAUGGGCUGAUCUACUUUGUUGAUGGAACUAUGAUCAGAAAGGUUGAUCAAAACGGAAUCAUAUCAACACUCCUGGGGUCCAAUGACUUGACGUCAGCCCGACCUUUAACCUGUGACACAAGCAUGCAUAUCAGCCAGGUGCGUCUGGAAUGGCCCACUGACCUUGCCAUCAACCCUAUGGAUAACUCCAUUUACGUCCUGGAUAAUAAUGUAGUUUUACAGAUCACCGAAAACCGUCAAGUCCGCAUCGCUGCCGGACGGCCCAUGCACUGCCAGGUCCCUGGCGUGGAGUAUCCCGUGGGGAAGCAUGCAGUCCAGACCACCCUGGAGUCAGCUACGGCCAUUGCUGUGUCCUACAGCGGGGUCCUCUACAUCACCGAAACCGAUGAGAAAAAAAUUAACCGCAUCAGGCAGGUCACAACAGAUGGGGAAAUCUCCUUGGUGGCAGGAAUACCUUCCGAGUGUGACUGCAAAAAUGACGCCAACUGUGACUGUUAUCAGAGUGGGGAUGGCUAUGCCAAAGAUGCCAAACUCAAUGCCCCAUCCUCCCUAGCCGCCUCUCCAGAUGGUACGCUGUACAUUGCCGAUCUGGGAAACAUUCGAAUCCGGGCAGUGUCAAAGAACAAACCUUUACUGAACUCCAUGAACUUUUAUGAGGUUGCCUCUCCAACUGAUCAAGAACUGUAUAUCUUCGACAUCAAUGGCACCCACCAGUACACCGUGAGCUUAGUCACGGGUGACUACCUGUAUAAUUUCAGCUACAGCAAUGACAACGACAUCACGGCUGUCACAGACAGCAAUGGCAAUACCCUCCGAAUACGCAGGGACCCAAAUCGGAUGCCUGUCCGGGUGGUGUCUCCGGAUAACCAAGUGAUAUGGCUGACCAUAGGCACCAAUGGAUGUCUGAAAAGCAUGACCGCUCAAGGACUAGAGCUAGUUUUGUUCACUUACCAUGGCAACAGUGGACUUUUAGCCACCAAAAGUGACGAAACUGGAUGGACAACAUUUUUUGACUAUGACAGCGAAGGCCGGCUAACGAAUGUCACGUUUCCAACCGGAGUGGUUACAAGCUUACACGGGGAUAUGGACAAGGCUAUCACUGUGGACCUCGAGUCAUCCAGCCGAGACGAGGACGUCAGCAUCACUUCCAAUUUGUCCUCCAUUGAUUCUUUCUACACCAUGGUUCAAGACCAAUUAAGAAACAGUUAUCAGAUUGGUUACGAUGGCUCCCUUAGAAUCAUCUACGCCAGCGGUCUAGAUUCUCACUACCAGACAGAGCCCCACGUCCUGGCUGGCACCGCGAAUCCCACCGUGGCCAAAAGAAACAUGACCCUUCCCGGGGAGAACGGGCAGAAUCUGGUAGAGUGGAGAUUCCGAAAAGAACAAGCCCAGGGCAAAGUCAACGUGUUCGGCCGGAAACUCAGGGUCAACGGACGAAACCUCCUCUCCGUUGACUUCGAUCGGACCACCAAGACAGAAAAGAUCUAUGACGACCACCGGAAAUUUCUUCUGAGGAUCGCUUAUGAUACCUCUGGGCACCCAACGCUCUGGCUGCCUAGUAGCAAGCUGAUGGCCGUCAAUGUCACCUACUCCUCCACGGGUCAGAUCGCCAGCAUCCAGCGUGGAACUACGAGUGAAAAAGUGGAUUAUGAUGGACAGGGGAGGAUUGUAUCCCGGGUCUUUGCUGAUGGUAAAACGUGGAGUUACACAUACUUAGAAAAGUCCAUGGUUCUUCUGCUCCAUAGCCAGCGGCAGUACAUCUUUGAAUACGAUAUGUGGGACCGCCUCUCCGCCAUCACCAUGCCCAGUGUGGCUCGCCACACCAUGCAGACCAUCCGGUCCAUCGGCUACUACCGCAAUAUAUACAACCCCCCAGAAAGCAAUGCCUCUGUCAUCACGGACUACAAUGAGGAAGGGCUGCUCUUGCAAACAGCUUUCCUGGGAACAAGCCGGAGGGUCUUAUUCAAGUAUAGAAGGCUGACCAGGCUAUCGGAAAUUUUGUACGAUAGCACCAGAGUCAGUUUUACCUAUGAUGAAACGGCAGGAGUCCUGAAAACAGUAAACCUUCAGAGUGAUGGUUUUAUUUGCACCAUUAGAUACAGGCAAAUUGGCCCCCUGAUUGACAGACAGAUUUUCCGCUUUAGUGAAGACGGAAUGGUAAAUGCAAGAUUUGACUAUAGCUAUGACAACAGCUUUCGAGUGACCAGCAUGCAGGGUGUCAUCAACGAAACUCCACUGCCCAUUGAUCUGUACCAGUUUGAUGACAUUUCUGGCAAAGUUGAGCAGUUUGGAAAAUUCGGAGUUAUAUACUAUGACAUCAACCAGAUCAUUUCCACGGCCGUAAUGACUUAUACGAAGCACUUUGAUGCCCAUGGCCGCAUCAAGGAGAUUCAAUACGAGAUAUUCAGGUCACUCAUGUACUGGAUUACAAUUCAAUACGAUAAUAUGGGCCGGGUAACCAAGAGAGAGAUCAAAAUAGGACCCUUCGCCAACACUACCAAAUACGCUUACGAGUACGAUGUUGACGGACAGCUCCAAACGGUUUACUUGAACGAGAAGAUCAUGUGGCGUUAUAACUAUGACCUGAAUGGGAACCUCCACCUGCUGAACCCCAGCAGCAGCGCACGCCUCACGCCCCUGCGUUACGACCUGCGGGACCGAAUCACCCGCCUGGGGGAUGUGCAGUACCGGCUGGAUGAAGACGGUUUCUUGCGUCAGAGAGGCACGGAGAUAUUUGAGUACAGCUCCAAGGGGCUUCUGACUCGAGUUUACAGCAAAGGCAGUGGCUGGACAGUGAUCUAUCGGUACGACGGCCUGGGACGGCGUGUUUCUAGCAAAACCAGCCUGGGACAACACCUUCAGUUUUUCUAUGCCGACCUGACGUACCCGACGAGAAUCACUCACGUCUACAACCACUCCAGCUCAGAAAUCACCUCCCUCUACUACGAUCUCCAAGGACAUCUUUUCGCCAUGGAGAUCAGCAGUGGUGACGAGUUCUACAUCGCCUCGGAUAACACGGGGACCCCGCUGGCUGUGUUCAGCAGCAACGGGCUGAUGCUGAAGCAGAUUCAGUACACUGCCUAUGGCGAAAUCUACUUUGACUCCAAUAUUGACUUCCAGCUGGUAAUUGGAUUCCAUGGGGGCUUGUAUGACCCGCUCACCAAAUUAAUCCACUUUGGAGAAAGAGAUUAUGACAUUUUGGCAGGACGAUGGACAACGCCAGACAUUGAAAUCUGGAAAAGAAUCGGAAAGGACCCGGCUCCUUUUAACCUCUAUAUGUUUCGGAAUAACAACCCUGCAAGCAAAAUCCAUGAUGUGAAAGACUACAUCACAGAUGUUAACAGCUGGCUGGUGACUUUCGGCUUCCAUCUGCACAACGCCAUUCCCGGAUUCCCCGUUCCCAAGUUUGAUUUAACAGAACCCUCCUACGAGCUUGUGAAGAGUCAACAAUGGGACGACGUGCCGCCCAUUUUUGGAGUUCAGCAACAAGUGGCAAGGCAAGCCAAGGCUUUCCUGUCCCUGGGGAAGAUGGCCGAAGUGCAGGUGAGCAGACGCAAGGCAGGCGGUGAACAGUCGUGGCUGUGGUUCGCCACGGUCAAGUCGCUCAUCGGCAAGGGCGUCAUGCUGGCAGUGAGCCAAGGGCGCGUGCAGACCAACGUGCUCAACAUCGCCAACGAGGACUGCAUCAAGGUGGCGGCGGUGCUCAACAACGCCUUCUACCUGGAGAACCUGCACUUCACCAUCGAGGGCAAGGACACGCACUACUUCAUCAAGACCACCACGCCCGAGAGCGACCUGGGCACGCUGCGGCUGACGAGUGGCCGCAAGGCGCUGGAGAACGGCAUCAACGUGACCGUGUCGCAGUCCACCACGGUGGUGAACGGCAGGACUCGCAGGUUCGCCGACGUGGAGAUGCAGUUCGGCGCGCUGGCGCUGCACGUACGCUACGGCAUGACGCUGGACGAGGAGAAGGCGCGCAUCCUGGAGCAGGCUCGCCAGCGCGCUCUCGCCCGGGCCUGGGCGCGCGAGCAGCAGCGCGUGCGCGACGGCGAGGAGGGCGCGCGCCUCUGGACAGAGGGCGAGAAGCGGCAGCUGCUGAGCGCGGGCAAGGUGCAGGGCUACGACGGGUACUACGUACUGUCGGUGGAGCAGUACCCCGAGCUGGCCGACAGCGCCAACAACAUUCAGUUCCUGCGACAAAGCGAGAUCGGCAAGAGGUAACCCCCGGGCCACCCCUGCGCAGAGUCUCCUGUAGCACAAUCCGAACCGGACUCUCCAAAAGAGCCUUCCAGAACGACACUGCUCUGCAGACCCACAUCGCAGACACACACGCGACACAAACCAGAAACAAAGACAACUUUUCUGAAUGACCUUAAAGGUGAUCGGCUUUAAAGAAUAUGUUUACAUACGCAUAUCGCUGCACUCAUUUGGACUGGAAAUAUGAGAAGGGAAAAAAAAAGCAUUAACGAGACAACGUUUUGCUGUGACCCUCUGUACUUUCGAGGCACUGUAUUUAACAAAGGUUUUAAAAAAGGAAAAAAAAAUGCGUCCAAUGUUUCCAGAUAUUACCGAAUUGUCGACCUUUGCUUACAGGAAGUAAUCUCUACUUAGGAUGUGUUAUACAUAGAUCUGUCAUUUUAAAGUGUGGGGCAAAAGUUACUGUUUAUAGAACCCAACUACUUUCCCGUGCUACUUUGUAAAAGGACAUUGGCACAAGGGACGUCUGCUUCGGCGGGGAUUUAAUAAUGGAUUUUACUAACAUGGCUUGCCCUGGGAGGGAAAAACUGACAAAAUAGAAUCCUUGUCACUGAUAAGCAAAGGAAACCCUGAUUUUUUUGUAAAUUAUGUGAGACAAGUUGUUUAUGGAUUUUUAUAUGAAUUACAAUUUACUGUACAUCAAAUAUUAGUCUCAGAGGAGUUAAUUUAUGUAAAGUGUUUAAAAAGUUUAUACUUAAAAAUAAAAUGAUAAAAACAUG